AGCCUGUCCGGUAGGAUGGGACCAGCAGCCAGAUAUCCAUGCAUGCCUGACCGCUAGUCUACUUCCUGGAUGGAAGAAUGGGACAUUUCCAGCACCACUUUUCUUCGCAUUGUGCAUUGCGCUUCGCCACGCUGACGCCGCGGACAAUCAGUUCAUAAUGACCAUGCGUAAUCAAUAUUAUUCGACCACUUUUCCCCUGUAGUUAAAGACAGCGAUUGAUCGUCGAUUGACCCCUCCACACUUCGGGAAUGUCGCUAUCUGGAAGCCCGCUACAGGCACGGUGGAGUCCAGCAGAUUUUGAGCUGUUUUUGCACGGCUGUGGUGUACGCAACGUUUCAUUAUUCCUCGAAGCUGAAAACAGCCCUUGCUCGGACCGGAGGCGAAUAAAUGUGUCUUCUUAAAAAGACAAAACAGUGACUCUAUCGUCGAACCGCUAACCAUUACUUUGAUGCUCUGCCUUCGUGGCUGCUGUGCCAACUUCGUUUCAGCGUCGGACGUGUGUGUAUGUGAUUUUUUUUUUUCCCCCUGAAGAAGAGAAAAGACUGAAAAACUUUGUCAUCCGUUGCCUUCUUGUUACUCUCGAUGAGUAGUCUAACAUGUGGAGAAUACGGGAACCGAGUUACUGGUGGAUUUUAUCCUUAAUGUUUUUAACCUUGCCCAAACACAAAGAUUGUCACCCUGUUGCAUCGGGUGGCCACCCUCACCUCCACGCUGGAGACGGGUACCAUGGGAGCACAGUCGUAAUGAGGGAGAGGAGGGCAGCUGGUGACCCCUACUGGUCCUAUUCAGGAAGCCAUGGACCUCGAGGCUGGGCAGCCUCAUACCCAGAGUGUGCUGCGAAGAACCAAUCACCUGUGGACAUUGCAGACGAAGAAGCUUUGGUUUCAGAGGAGUACCAGGAGCUGGAGCUUGACAAGUUCAACACUGAGUCCUCCAACCAGACCACCAUGAAAAACACUGGAAAGACAGUUGCUGUUCUCCUUAAGGAUGACUACUUUGUAAGAGGUGCUGGACUGCCGGGGCGUUUUAAGGCUGAGAGGAUGGAGUUUCACUGGGGCCACAAUAAUGGAUCAGCAGGCUCAGAACACAGCAUAAAUGGCAGAAGGUUCCCUGUAGAGAUGCAGAUCUACCUUUACAAUUCAGAUGACUUUGACAGCCUCAGCGCUGCCAUCAAGGAAAGACGCAUCAUUGCUGCCAUGGCCGUCUUCUUUGAGCUGGGCCAAAAAGACAAUCCAGCUGUGGACCCUAUCAUCCAGGGAUUGAAAGGAGUAGUGCAUCAUGAAAAGGAAACCCACCUCAGGUCGUUUAUCCUGAGGGAUCUGCUGCCAUCGUCAGUGGACAGUUAUUACCGAUACACCGGCUCUUUGACCACGCCACCCUGCAGCAAGGUAGUGGAGUGGAUCAUCUUCUCCAGGCCCGUGUAUUUGUCCCACUCACAGCUGGAGGCCUUUUACUCCAUCUUUACAACAGAGCAACAGGACCAUGUGAAGUCUGUCGAGUACCUGUGGAACAACUUUCGGCCCCUGCAGGACCUGGACAAUAGGAAGCUCUUUAAGUCGGCUGUAAAAGACGCAUGGCAAAAAGACUUGACUGAGAUCCUGGGAAGCCCUCAUAGCCCUGAGGCUUCAAGAGUGUGCAGCAGUGCCCCAGUGAGCAUGAAGAUCUGGCCGCUGAACCAGACUGCAUUGAUGGUGAGCUGGGAACGCCCUCUGACCGUCUACCACCCGCCAAUCACCAGCUACAUGGUCUCCUACAGCUGGGUGAAACGUGAUGUGGCUGAUGAAAAGACCUUCGCUAAGACUGGGGACCAAAGCAUGAGCCUGAGAUGUGUCUGGCAGGAUCAGAGGGUGACUGCAUCAGUGACAAAAGCAGUCAUCACUAAUGUGUCCCCUGAUGUCCUGUACCUGUUCAGAGUGCAGGCAGUAUGUCAGCAUGACCUGCGCAGUGAUUUCAGUCAAACACUGCUGUUCAGAGCGAAUACAACAAGAAUAUUUGAAGGGUCCCGUAUAGUGAAGACUGGGAUGCCCACAAUAUCCCCAGCGUCCUCGGCCGACAUGGCUCCAAUCAGCUCGGGUUCCUCCACUUGGACAUCCUCUGGCAUCCACUUCUCCAUUGUCUCCAUGGCAACAGGCAUGGGCCCCUCCUCCAGUGGCAACCAGGCCACAGUGGCAUCAGUGGUGACGAGCACCUUGCUGGCAGGCUUGGGUGUAGGCGGAGGGGUCAUCUCUUCUUUGCCCAGCUCUAUUUGGCCCACGCAGGCACCCCAAGCCACGCGGAACCCCACCCGUCCAUCCGUCCCGCCUGCGAAGUCCAGCACUGAGCAGGGAGCGCCCCAGGGCUCCGACGCAGACGCCCCGUCUGAGGAGGGCCAGGCUGCACGUGACGGCGAGGAGGACGAGGAGGAGGAGGGGGAAAGAGAAGGAGAGCAGGAGGAGGGAGAGGAAGAGAAGAAGAGAAAGAGCAAGACUGCACCUGAUAAUGAGGAAAAGAUAGCGAACGGCACUGUGGCCAAAGAGCCUUUAAUCCCCACCCCCGCAUCCACAGCCAAAGAGAAAGGAGAUGGAAGGCCUACAGACAAAGGCAGCACAGUACCUGCGAGCACUGGUGAUGACCAGUUGGUCAACGUGCAGAAACCCACAGAUGUAAAUGCAGUGGCCACUCAAGAGCCUCGUAAUGACAGCGCAGAGAUGCAGAUCCCCGAGAGCUCCACGCUGUCUCCAAAGAUUAGUAGUGAUGGAAAGAGUCUCUGGCCUUUCUCUGUCCACACCGACAGGACCAUCUUGCCCAACAUGACCCGAACCCCCCACCCGGGGAUGGGCAGGAUGGUGUGGAUUGUCCCCUUGGUGGUGGUGUCUGCUCUCACUCUACUCUGCCUCAUAAUGCUGCUGAUUGUGAUGGUCUACUGGAGGAGAUUUUUCCAGACAGCUCACUUCUAUGUGGAGGAGAGCAGCUCUCCACGGGUGGUGGCCAAUGAGAGUAUACCAGUCAUCCCUAUACCAGAUGAUAUGGAGGCCAUCCCCGUCAAGCACUUUGUUAAACACAUCAUGGAGCUCUACAAGAACAACCUGCAGGGUUUCUCUGAGGAGUUUGAGGAGGUCCAGCGCUCCACAGCAGAUCUGAAAAUCACAGCAGAACAUUCCAAUCAUCCUGACAACAAGCACAAAAACAGAUACAUCAACAUUGUGGCCUAUGACCACAGCAGGGUGAAAUUACGAGCUCUGGCGGGGAAGGAUGCCAAACAUUCGGAUUACAUCAAUGCCAACUAUGUGGAUGGCUACAACCGUCCCAGAGCUUAUAUAGCUGCUCAGGGUCCUCUCAAGUCUACAUUUGAGGACUUUUGGAGGAUGGUUUGGGAACAGAACACUGGAAUCAUCGUCAUGAUCACCAACCUGGUGGAGAAAGGAAGAAGGAAAUGUGACCAGUACUGGCCGACAGAGAACAGCGAGCAGUAUGGGAACAUUGUGGUGACGCUGAAAAGCACCAAAGUGCACGCCUGCUACACACUGCGGCGUUUCCUUAUAAGGAACACUAAAGUUAAACGGGGUCAGAAGGGGAACCCAAAAGGGAAGCUAAAUGAGCGCGUCGUGGUCCAGUAUCACUACACUCAGUGGCCUGACAUGGGAGUGCCAGAGUACACCCUCCCUGUCCUCACCUUCAUCAACCGCUCAUCAGCGGCUCGCACUGCCGACAUGGGCCCUGUCCUGGUGCACUGCAGUGCAGGGGUUGGGCGCACAGGAACGUACAUUGUCAUUGACAGCAUGCUUCAACAGAUCAAGGACAAAAGCACAGUCAGCGUCCUGGAUUUUCUCAAGCAUAUCCGCACACAACGCAACUACCUAGUUCAGACCGAGGAGCAGUAUGUUUUCAUCCACGACGCUCUGAUGGAGGACAUCCUGAGCAGAGAGACAGAGGUGCCCGCCUGGCAGCUGCACAGUUAUGUCAACAGCAUCCUCACGCCCAACUCGACAGGCCGCACACAGCUGGAGAAGCAGUUCAGGCUUCUGACUCAGUGCAACGCGCGCUUUGUGGAGUGCUUCAGUGCCCACAAAGACAGCAACAAGGAGAAGAACCGCAAUUCCUCAGUGGUUCCCUCGGAGCGAGCAAGGGUCGGACUCACCACUCUGCCUGGAAUGAAGGGAACAGAUUACAUUAAUGCAUCCUACAUAAUGGGUUACUUCAGGAGUAAUGAGUUCAUCAUUACUCAGCAUCCUUUACCCCACACAACUACAGACUUCUGGAGGAUGAUUUGGGACCAUAACGCUCAAAUUAUUGUCAUGUUGCCAGACAACCAGGGCCUGGCUGAGGAUGAAUUUGUUUACUGGCCGAGUCGGGAAGAGGCCAUGAACUGUAUAGCCUUCACCGUCACGCUCAUCAGUAAAGACAGACUGUGCCUCUCCAAUGAGGAGCAGAUAAUCAUCCACGACUUCAUCCUUGAGGCUACGCAGGAUGACUAUGUUCUGGAAGUGAGACAUUUUCAGUGCCCUAAAUGGCCCAACCCUGAUGCUCCUCUCAGCAGCGCCUUUGAGCUUAUCAGUGUCAUCAAGGAGGAGGCCAUGACUCGAGAUGGCCCCACCAUCGUGCACGAUGAGUAUGGGGCAGUGUCAGCAGGCAUGCUCUGUGCCCUCACCACACUGUCCCAGCAGCUGGAGAAUGAGGGAGUCGUCGACAUCUAUCAGGUGGCCAAGAUGAUCAAUCUCAUGAGGCCGGGAGUCUUCACUGAUAUUGAGCAGUACCAGUACCUUUACAAAGCCAUGCUCAGCCUGGUCAGUAACAGAGAGUGUGGUCUGAGCCCCAUGCACAUGGACACUAAUGGGGUGAUGGUGGUUGCAGACGAGUCGGACCCUGCAGAGAGCAUGGAGUCGCUCGUCUGAGGACAUUCUUCCAGGCACUUAAUUUGUAAAGAACUUUUCUGAGGCCUUUUUUGCCAGACUAUUGAUUAAAUGAAUAACCUUAUUACUUUUUAUACUGAUAAAGGUUUUUUGAUAUUUAUGUUUUUGUCCUUUAUUUCUUGUCUUAAAUGUUAUCCUGCUGAGCGUUUGCACCUGUUUAAGUUGACGUGAGGAAAAAGCAGCUCUGUCCAGUUUGCACUAUACUAUCAGUGUUACUGCCUAAAUCCAGUGAGUGAAAAACGUUUCCCAGUUAAAUCCUGGCAUCACGACACAACUGGGAUAUUUGGACCGCAUUGAGACGAACCUGAAGCGUGAAGAACCAGGAUGAGUUACGGCGAUCCACUACCCGAUAAUGUCUCAAAACAAAACGUCACUUCACAACGUAGCCCAGCAUGCAUUACGUCACUUUUGUCACCUUGAUCAAACUGUUUUGAGGCUCGGCUCCACAGGGGCGAAGCUCUUUAUCACAUGUUAAGAGACUAUUACCUGCCUAUUAUUCAUAUAUUGUCCAAAUAUCUCACUGCUGUCUUGUAUAAUGUGGCUUGUUUUGUUGAAGUGUGUUACAACAUCUAAUGUGAACAUUUAUUGCUUUUUACAGGGAUUUAUAUUGUUAUAAUUGUUUUGUAAUAUAUAUAUAUAUAUAUUAUAUCCUUAAUAGCCAGCCAAUGUUUUCUUUUUUUAAGUAUUUUUGCCCAUUGUCCACUGGCCUUGGUGUAGAUUUUGUUUGUUUUUUAAAGUAUUCUGUAGCUUGUCAUGAAUAAUCUACAACGCUCAAUUUUCUUUCAUCAUACUUUCCAGCUUUUCUAACCUCAACCGUCGAAGCUGUUAACACUUGUAAAGGGUAUCCGUAUUGAAACAGUACAGUGGCUACAAAAAGUAUUCACCCCUACACAAACUUUGUUUUAUUGUUUGACAACAUUAAAUCACAGUGGAUGUACUAAUGAUUGAUUCUUGACAUUGAGCAACAGAAUAAAGUACUUUUAAUGUUAAAGUGAAAACAAAUGUCUACAAAGUCAUCUAAAUUAAUUACAAAAAAAUUUUUCCAGGUUGAUAUUAAUUAAAAACACCUUUGGCAGCAUUUACAGAGAGUCUGUGUGGAUGGCUUUGUACAUCUGGACACGGUUGCAAUUGAUAACGUCUAGUUUAAUAAUAAUUGUUCUGCUAAAGACCUUCAUGUAUAGCUGUGGUUAUAUAUUUUAUAUUUUGUCAUCGGUCUGAUGAAAAAGAAAUCAUCUUUCAGUUCGCUCCCAUCCUCCAGGAUGUCUUUAUAUUUUACUGCAUUCAUUUUACUCUCCAUCCUCACAAGCCUUACAGGGAAGCAUCAAGGGUGUGUUCCUGCAGAUGUGUGGUGUUUGGCUUCCACUCCACAAAGCAUUUACUGUCAUAAAACCACCAGACGCUUGUUCUUUGCCACUUUUACAUACAGCGGUGACUGAUUAAACUCCAGGGCAAUGCCUCCUAUCUCAGCCAUGACACCCUGCUGAUUCUUCAAAGCUCCCAUGGCCUCUUUGUGGUCUCACUAGUGCCCUCUUGCCCUUCUUCUCAACACACUCAGUUUUUUAAGGAUGACCAUCUCCAGGCAGAUUUUAAAGCUGUGCCUCUUUCAUUUUCUGUAAUCGUAUUAUGGAUAUCCUGUGCCUUCAAAGUGUUUCUUAUAUGCUUCCCCUAAUUAGUACCAGUAAACCUGUCACAGAUUUGUUUGGAUUAUUCUUUUUUGUUUUUUCAGUGAUGAUUUCAGUCUCAUAGUAAAGGGAUGAAAACGUGCAAUCACUUGUUUGAUUUUUUUUUUUUUUAGGCUUUUGUUUUCACUUUUACAAUGAAGAGGGUUUUUUUCUUUUGAUCAGUGUUGAAAAAAAUCCUAAUUACAUCCACUGUGAUUUUUUUAAAAGUUGUAAAUAAAUAAAAAGGAGGUGAAUACUUUCUAUAGGCACUGUAGUUUCUUUCUGGGAAGUGAUGCUUUAUUUGUAACCAAAGAUGUGGUUCCAGUUUGCAACAUGUAAGUGGUUUUAUCUUGAUCUAUUUAAUCAACUAGAAUUUAAAAUUAAAAUCAGAAUUAAAUCUUGCAGUACAGAUUAUCAGUCUCAGAGGUGCGAAUUGAACGAGAGUUCAGCAUGUUUCUGUUCGAGCCUCAGGAUUACAGUAGAUAAUCCGAGUUCAUUAAGUUUUCCUCACAAUAAGAUUGAAAUUUCAGACUGUAAAAUGUAUUUUAUUUGGGCUGAUAUUCUGUCUCUGAACUAUUUUGUGGCUAUUAAUUAUAAGCCCUUUUAAAGCCUGAACAUCC